UCUAACAUGUUGAUUAAUGGAAAUCCAUCCAAUAAUUAAUAAUAUAGUCUUGACUGAAGCUGUUUUUCAGGGGAAAAUGAGAAACCGUUUCUAACUGACCAGCUCUAAACUGCAGGUAUGAAUUUACAAACCUGUUGGUUAAGAUAAUGGAACAUCUAGAACCUUAAGGGACAGAUAUAAAACAGGAAAGUGUCCCAAUAAAUGCUUUAUAAGAUGAUGUUAAGUCAGAUGUUUUUCAGGGUGUCCAGUGCACAAAGUUUUUAAAAGUCAAUGAAUGCAGUGGUAUCAACAAAUAAACAGUACUAUUAAUUAACCAAUAUAUGUUAAAGUAAUUCGAUUCUACUAAAAGCAAGUAACUUUUAAACUGACAUACAUUAAAUAAUAAGUCCCCUUUUUUUUAUCAGCAUUGACAAUAAUAUAAUGUAUGCUGUACUAUUAGAAAGCACAUACCUUUAAUUUGCCUGCCACUCCUACAAGUUUAUCUCAGAUCUGCAUUUAGCUGCAAACCUAAUUAACUCAGAUAGAGAAAACCCCACCAACAUAAUACCAUAGUAAUCCUGAGGGCACUUCAAUCACCUGUCUCUUACACAAACUGGAGCUAAAAGAUUCCACAGGGUUAUAAAAGAAACACCCAAGAGUAGGAGAUGCCUUAUUCAAGUCUUCCCACUGCAUUGCGGAGUAUAUACCCAAAGGCUACAGGACUAUGGACUGUUAAAUUUCAAGCCAGCCAUGGGGCAGACACAGCAUACCGAGAAUAAUGAGGAGAUUGAUGUCAAAACACUUCAGGAUAUGUAUAAGAGGUUUCUCGUGGAGUGCCCAAGUGGACUACUUUUUCUGCAUGAGUUCAAGCGUUUCUUUGGUGUUGACCCAACAGGAGAAGCCUCUGAUUAUGCAGAGAAUAUGUUUCGAGUUUUUGACAAAAAUGGGGACAAUACUAUUGACUUCCUUGAGUUUGUAGCAGCACUGAAUCUUGUUUUCCGGGGAGACCUGGAGCAUAAACUGCGCUGGUCAUUCAAGGUGUAUGACAAAGACAACAAUGGCUUUGUGGACAGGGACGAACUACGGUCAAUAAUUGAUGUGAGUCUAUUAUAUCUCUAUCGGAUAAAGAGGGCCACAAAAACAGACGUGAGUGAUUCACGGCUUACAGUAGAUGAAGUUGUGGAUCGAAUAUUACAGGCUGUUGACAGUGACGGAGAUGGUAAAAUUAACAUGGUAGAAUUCAUAAGAGGUGCACAGCAGGACCCCUGGGUGCUGAACAUGUUAAAGCUGGACAUGAACCCUGCUGGAUGGGUGCUCGAUCAGAGGAGAAGGAGUGCACAAUUCUGAAAUGUCAAAGCACAUUUGCCUUUUCCAUGAGAACAAAGGUAGAACAAUUAUGGCUAAAAUCCAUGCUGUAUCUACAAAAUUAAUAAUCACAUUACAUCAUUCACAACGAUGCAACGUGCAUGUGUUGCUCAGCACUGCAUCACAUAUUUCCUUGCUCUGAUUGGUUGUAGGUUCAUCCCCGUAAUUUUAAGAGGCAUUUUGGUUUGUGCCUGUUGAUAAUUUCCAAGGAAACUAAAAUUAUUGGUGAGGUUCCAGACUAGUAUACAUUUGCAAAAAAGGCCAGGUUGCUGAACAGUAUAAAUGGAGAGCAAAUGUCUUUCUACUUCUUCCUUUGUAUGCAUUAUUCUCUCUUUUCCCAAAAUGCACCACAGAGCGUCACAGGAAGUCAUUCCUGCCUGUGGCCA